UGGACUUUACACCGGCGUGCAUCCAAUUUUGUAGCUGUCCUGAAAUAGGCGGGGACGGUCUGGUGGAAGCACCAGUAGAUUCUCAUUCUUCCACUCUAAGGUUAGAAAAGCUUGCCACUGCUCGAAACCCUAAAGAUUUUUCUCUGUUUUCGGCAACCAAAUUUUAACCAAAACAAGAAGAAAAAACCCAAGAUUCAAACCCGUUGCUUCGAUCGAACCCUCGGUGUCUCCCCACAUUAACCUUUUUUUCUGCCAUUCCCUUUAUGAGGUGACGCAAGUUAAAGUAUGGCAGACAUACCAGGUUAUGUGAGAGCCUGCUUGCACACUGGGAAACUUGCUUUCUUGGCAAUUUUGGUUUCUGGAGGGAUUGUGUUACAAGUUCUGGCAUGUGCAUUGUACAAUAAUUGGUGGCCAAUGCUAACAGCAAUUAUGUAUGUGUUUCUUCCCAUGCCGCUGCUGUUUUUUGCGGGUUCUGAUACCUCGGUUCUGUUUUCUGAAUCUUCAAAUAGCUGGGUGGAUGCGACUAAGUUCUUGACAGGGGCUUCAGCAAUUGGCAGCAUCGCCAUACCCGUUAUCUUGAAGCAUGCCGGUGUGAUUGGGUGGGGAGCCCUGGGAUUGCAGCUUUCAUCCUACGUCAUAUUUAUUGUAGCCAUAAUGUUUUAUAUUCAAAUGAACAAUGAGGAUGAUCAUUAUGGAUACACCAUGUUCUGAGACAUGGUCCGAGGGAGGGCCCAGCCAUGGAUGUGUAAACGAUGUAUUGAUGUCAAUUCAAGCAGAUCAAUCUUCUUAUUGCU